CCCGCCCCGUGCAUGCCCCGCCCCGCGCCGGAGACGCGCUCGCUGCGUCAUCAGUGUUUUCGAGACGAGUCUCGACGCAGCAGCUGUCAGCUCCAUUUUGUUGUUGGUACGCGACGCAGUCAGCUGUGUGAUUACCGUGAUUGCGUAACAACCUUUGUCUCCUUCGACUUGGAGUCUUUGUCCAGGACGAUGAGACACUCAAAGAGAACUUACUGUCCUGAUUGGGAUGACAAGGAUUGGGAUUAUGGAAAAUGGAGGAGCAGCAGCAGUCAUAAAAGAAGGAAGAGAUCACAUAGCAGUGCCCGGGAGAACAAGCGCUGCAAAUACAAUCAUUCUAAAAUGUGUGAUAGCCAUUAUUUGGAAAGCAGGUCUAUAAAUGAGAAAGAUUAUCAUAGUCGACGCUACAUUGAUGAGUACAGAAAUGACUACACUCAAGGAUGUGAACCUGGACAUCGCCAAAGAGACCAUGAAAGCCGGUAUCAGAACCAUAGUAGCAAGUCUUCUGGUAGAAGUGGAAGAAGUAGUUAUAAAAGCAAACACAGGAUUCACCACAGUACUUCACAUCGUCGUUCACAUGGGAAGAGUCACCGAAGGAAAAGAACCAGGAGUGUAGAGGAUGAUGAGGAGGGUCACCUGAUCUGUCAGAGUGGAGACGUACUAAGUGCAAGAUAUGAAAUUGUUGAUACUUUAGGUGAAGGAGCUUUUGGAAAAGUGGUGGAGUGCAUCGAUCAUAAAGCGGGAGGUAGACAUGUAGCAGUAAAAAUAGUUAAAAAUGUGGAUAGAUACUGUGAAGCUGCUCGCUCAGAAAUACAAGUUCUGGAACACCUGAAUACAACAGACCCCAACAGUACUUUCCGCUGUGUCCAGAUGUUGGAAUGGUUUGAGCAUCAUGGUCACAUUUGCAUUGUUUUUGAACUACUGGGACUUAGUACUUACGACUUCAUUAAAGAAAAUGGUUUUCUACCAUUUCGACUGGAUCAUAUCAGAAAGAUGGCGUAUCAGAUAUGCAAGUCUGUGAAUUUUUUGCACAGUAAUAAGUUGACUCACACAGACUUAAAGCCUGAAAACAUCUUAUUUGUGCAGUCUGACUACACAGAGGCAUAUAAUCCCAAAAUAAAACGUGAUGAGCGCACCUUAGUAAAUCCAGAUAUUAAAGUUGUAGACUUUGGUAGUGCAACAUAUGAUGACGAACAUCACAGUACAUUGGUAUCUACAAGACAUUAUAGAGCACCUGAAGUUAUUUUAGCCCUAGGGUGGUCCCAACCAUGUGAUGUCUGGAGUAUAGGAUGCAUUCUUAUUGAAUACUAUCUUGGGUUUACCGUAUUUCCAACACACGAUAGUAAGGAGCAUUUAGCAAUGAUGGAAAGGAUUCUUGGACCUCUACCAAAACAUAUGAUACAGAAAACCAGGAAACGUAAAUAUUUUCACCACGAUCGAUUAGACUGGGAUGAACACAGUUCUGCCGGCAGAUAUGUUUCAAGACGCUGUAAACCUCUGAAGGAAUUUAUGCUUUCUCAAGAUGUUGAACAUGAGCGUCUCUUUGACCUCAUUCAGAAAAUGUUGGAGUAUGAUCCAGCCAAAAGAAUUACUCUCAAAGAAGCCUUAAAGCAUCCUUUCUUUGACCUUCUGAAGAAAAGUAUAUAGAUCUAUAAUUGGACAGCUCUCUCGAAGAGAUCUUACAGACUGUAUCAGUCUGAUUUUUAAAUUUUAAGUUAUUUUGUACAGCUUUGUAAAUUCUUAACAUUUUUAUAUUGCCAUGUUUAUUUUGUUUGGGUAAUUUGGUUCGUUAAGUACAUAGCUAAGGUAAUGAACAUCUUUUUCAGUAAUUGUAAAGUGAUUUAUUCAGAAUAAAUUUUUUGUGCUUAUGAAGUU